AGCCUCAGUGUCAGCAUAGAAUUUGCCAAACCACGGCUCGGCAUGAAGUUCCGGCACUCCGAGCCCUAGAAAUAUCUACUUCGCUCUCGGGCUUGGCAUGGAUCUCUGCUUUCACCGACCAAGUCCGCCAUGGAAACCUAAAGUUUCAGGAGUAAGGUCACGAAGAAUAAACAAGAAGACAAAAGAAAACGACAGGAUAUGAGCUGUGCGGAGCCGAUGCACACAAAUAGACUUGUUCCACUUCUCCCCAUCUCCGCCUCUUGGAAAACAUUUCGAGUUUUCAACCUUCUUUGUUUAUAUCGAUGGCUUUGGAUUUACCGGCAUUCUUUAUGCCCCCAUACGGACUUGGUUCCAGAACUCCGAUUUCCGACCCACAGAUUAACAAAUAUAGGGCACAGAUUAACAAAUAUAGGGGGUAAAAGACUAGGCGAAGAGGAGAGACGAAAGAAGGGUGUAUUCAAUCAUUCUUGAAACUGUUUGAAAAAGGGAAGAUAGAGGGCAUUAUAUUGUUCGGCAAACGCUUUACGCUCUCUCUCCGUCACUAUCUGAAACAUCUGCUGAGAUAAAUGCUAAAACACCAAUGAAUGCAUCGUCAGCCUUCUUCCUAAGCAGUGUACUAGUUCUUCUUAUUGUGUCGGUUCUCUUUGCUGUUUUAUGGAGGCAUAGAAAGCGUACACUAAUGAACAUAUGGAGAGCUAAAAGAUUCUCAACCAAUGAUCCUUAUGUUCUUCCUGAAAAUUUCAGCAAUAAUCUUCGAACAAUCUGUCAUUUUGACUAUCACACUCUCAAAAGAGCAACGGGAAACUUCAAUCCAAAAAACCAACUUGGAAAAGGAGGAUUUGGACCAGUCUACCAGGGAAGGCUAGAUGAUGGAAGGAGGAUAGCUGUUAAGCAACUGUGCCUUGGAAAGUCUGGACAGGGAGAGUCUGAAUUUCUUGUUGAAGUGAGGAUGCUAACAAGCAUCCAGCAUAAGAAUUUGGUUCGCCUCUUGGGCUGCUGCUCCGAGGGAUCACACAGACUUGUUGUGUAUGAAUUCAUGAAGAACAGAAGCUUGGAUUGCUUAAUAUAUGAAAACAGUGAGAUAUUCCUCAACUGGAAAACAAGGUUUCAGAUCAUUCUUGGCAUAGCCAGGGGAUUACAGUAUCUGCAUGAGGAUUCAAACUUGAGGAUAGUGCAUAGAGAUAUUAAGGCGAGCAAUAUUCUCCUGAAUGAAAAAUUUCAGCCUAAAAUCAGUGAUUUUGGGCUGGCAAGGUUAUUCCCUGAAGAUGAGGCCUAUCUCAGCGCACAAUUUGCAGGAACCCUAGGAUACACCGCACCUGAAUAUGCUAUUAAAGGGGAACUAUCAGAAAAGGCUGACAUCUACAGCUUUGGAGUACUCAUUCUGGAGAUUGUCUGUAGUAGGAAGAAUACUGACCUCACUUUACCUACCAAGAUGCAAUAUCUCCCGGAAUAUGCUUGGAAGCUUUAUGAGAGCUCAAUCAUGCUGGACCUGGUUGAUCCCCGACUGAAAGCAGAUGGAAUUGAGCAAGAUGAGGUCUUACAUGUUUUUCAGGUGGCUUUGUUAUGUCUGCAGCCAUAUCCGAGCUUAAGGCCAUCAAUGUCAGAAGUGGUGGCCAUGCUAAGUAGCAAAAACAGGCACAUUGCUUCUCCUGUGAAGCCGGCUUUUAUGGAUAGGAAGCGUGGAAUCGACAUGGAGAUUACUCCAACUUCUUGUGAGAUUGUAUCUGAAUUUUUUCCAUCUCCUGCGAGUGAUUCUGCCACUCUACCUCCAACAAGAUUGGGUCGAAAAUCUUCAUUUUCAUAGUUGGAGGUUGUGGAAGCUCGUUGUAAUCACUAAAGCCAUCAAUGGAUGUCAGUUAUGCUGGUGAUAACCUAUUCUCAUUUCAACGGCAUCAAUUCUUUUAUGGGGGGCAUUUACAUACAUAGCACACAA